UUAACCCGGUUCACAAAAUGCCCCCGGAUCUGAGAUCGACCCAAUUCCAGCGCCAUUGAACCAAGGAGAGCUCUCAGACUGCGAGAGAGAGCAAACCCCCCACUCUCCACAAUUCUCAGAUCUCCUUCGAAACGUUUCGAGCUCGAUUCACAGCCAUGGACAAGUCCAGCGCUCUCGAGUACAUCAACCAGAUGUUCCCCACAGAGGCAUCGUUAUCCGGCGUCGAGCCGCUAAUGCAGAAGAUUCACAGUGAAAUUCGGCGCGUUGAUGCUGGAAUUUUAGCUGCCGUUCGUCAACAGAGCAAUUCAGGGACCAAAGCCAAGGAGGAUCUUGCUGCCGCUACGCGAGCCGUGGAGGAACUCAUGUAUAAGAUCCGGGAAAUCAAAACAAAGGCUGAGCAGAGUGAGACAAUGGUUCAGGAGAUAUGUCGUGACAUUAAGAAGUUGGAUUUUGCUAAGAAGCAUAUAACAACCACCAUUACUGCUCUUCAUCGUCUUACCAUGCUCGUCUCUGCUGUUGAACAGCUUCAAGUGAUGGCUUCCAAACGACAAUAUAAAGAGGCGGCUGCACAGUUGGAGGCUGUGAACCAAUUAUGUAGCCAUUUUGAAGCCUAUAGGGAUGUUCCAAAAAUCACAGAGCUCAGGGAGAAAUUUAAGAAUAUCAAACAAAUAUUAAAGUCACACGUGUUUUCCGAUUUCUCAAGCUUAGGUACUGGAAAGGAGUCGGAAGAAUCUAAUUUACUCCAGCAGCUAUCUGAGGCUUGCUUAGUUGUUGAUGCAUUAGAGGCAUCUGUGAGGGAAGAAUUAGUAAAUAACUUUUGCAGCAGGGAGCUUACUUCUUAUGAGCAAAUCUUUGAAGGAGCUGAACUAGCUAAGUUGGAUAAGACUGAACGAAGAUAUGCAUGGAUCAAGCGCCGCAUGAGAACGAAUGAAGAAAUCUGGAAAAUCUUUCCUUCUUCAUGGCAUGUUUCUUACCGACUCUGCAUUCAGUUCUGCAAAAAAACAAGGAAGCAGCUAGAAGAUAUCCUUAAUAAUCAGAAAGAAAAGCCAGAUGUUGGGACAUUGCUGAUGGCACUACAGCGAACUCUUGAAUUUGAGGAUGAAUUGGCAGAAAAAUUUGGAGGUGGUACUCGAGGCAGGGAGGUUGGAAAUGAGAUUGAAGAAAUUGGUAGAGGAGAAAACACUACUCAAAGUGCUUCAGAUAUUCGAAAGAAAUAUGAAAAGAAGCUUGCUGCCCAUCAAGGAAAUGCCACAGAGGAAAAGGAUAAAGAGUUAUCUGUGCCUGGAGCUGGGUUCAACUUCCGUGGAAUCAUCUCAUCUUGCUUCGAGCCUCACUUGACUGUUUACACAGAACUAGAAGAGAAGACACUAAUGGAGAAUUUGGAAAAACUUGUUCAGGAGGAGACAUGGGAUGUUGAGGAGGGAAGUCAGAAUAAUGUUUUGUCAAGUAGCAUGCAGUUGUUUCUUAUAAUCAAGAGGAGCUUAAAACGGUGCAGUGCUUUAACAAAGAAUCAGACAUUAUUUAACUUGUUCAAGGUGUUUCAAAGGAUUCUCAAAGCAUAUGCAACAAAGCUUUUUAUAAGAUUACCUAAAGGCGGUACAGGAAUUGUUGCAGCAGCAACUGGUAUGGAUGGACAGAUAAAGACAUCAGACAGAGAUGAGAGGGUGAUUUGUUACAUUGUCAAUUCAGCGGAAUAUUGCACCAACACGUCUGGUGAACUCGCUGAGAGUGUGUCCAAAAUAAUUGAUUCUCAAUUCGCAGAUGGGGUGGAUAUGUCGGAAGUGCAGGAUGAAUUUUCAGCAGUUAUAACAAGAGCAUUGGUAACCUUGGUGCAUGGCCUAGAAACCAAGUUUGACAAUGAAAUGGCUGCAAUGACACGAGUUCCAUGGGGUACACUUGAAAGUGUUGGUGACCAAUCAGAGUAUGUUAAUGGCAUAAAUAUGAUCCUUGCUAGUAGUAUACCUAUACUUGGAAGCCUUCUUUCACCGAUCUACUUCCAAUUCUUCUUGGACAAGUUGGCAUCAUCUCUUGGUCCACGUUUCUAUGCUAACAUUUUCAAGUGCAAGCAAAUAUCAGAGACUGGAGCUCAACAGAUGCUAUUGGAUACUCAAGCUGUGAAGACUAUUCUUUUGGAUAUCCCAUCACUUGGUCACCAGACGUCACGUGCUGCAAGCUAUGCAAAAUUUGUAAGCCGUGAGAUGAGCAAAGCUGAAGCACUUCUAAAGGUCAUACUGUCCCCAAUUGAUUCUGUCGCAGAUACAUAUCGUGCAUUGCUACCAGAGGGAACACCUAUGGAGUUUCAGCGAAUUCUUGAGCUCAAGGGUCUUAAAAAGGCAGAUCAGCAGAGUAUACUUGAAGACUUCAACAAGCAUGGGCCGGGAAUUACUCAACCUUCUACCCCACCGCCACCAGUUGCCACACCUGUUCCAACUGCCCCGACAGUCUCUCUGAUACAAAUUCCCACUUCAGGUGGAUUCCUUGCACCCAGAGAAGAUGUACUAACCAGAGCAGCUGCACUUGGACGUGGUGCAGCCACAACAGGGUUCAAGAGGUUUCUAGCUUUAACAGAAGCUGCAAAGGACCGGAAAGAUGGGCCUUUCAGGAAGCUCUUCAAUGCUUGAUAGCACUGAACCCCUUAGAACUGUAAAUCAUGUACUGGUUUCUCUUUUCUUUUUCUUUCCAUUUUUUCUGGUUUUCAUUUUUCUUAUGCUAAUCUUGUGUCGUUUAUCACUUGCUUUUGUGGGGUUUUCAUAGGAUCAAAACAUUGUAUUAGUCUACUAAUAGUGCAAAAAGUAUAGGAAUAUAUUUCGCUCAUGGCAUCUAAUAUAAAUUGUUCCCUAAUACCAGAUACCAAUCGUUGAACAAAUUGCAACUAGAAAUAACAAUUUGUUGCAGCAUCUAUAAGAUUUCCCUUUGUAGGGUUUUU